AUGCCCGAACUUUCCUUCAAAGGCCACACCGUCAUCGUCACCGGCGCUGGCGGCGGUCUUGGCAAAGUCUAUUCACUGCAGUUCGCGGCGAGGGGCGCGAACGUAGUCGUGAACGACUUCAACAAGGAGGCAGCGCAGAAGGUUGUGGACGAGAUCACCCUCGCCGGCGGCAAGGCUGUCGUCAACAACUCUUCUGUCACCGACGGCGAGGCUGUCAUUAAGACUGCUGUCGAUACAUUCGGAACUGUCACUAUCCUCAUCAACAAUGCGGGGAUUCUCCGCGACAAGGGGUUCAAGAACAUGUCCGACAAGGAAUGGGACCAGAUCAUGGACGUCCACCUGAAGGGCUCCUUCUCAUGUACGAAGGCGGCAUGGUCAUACUUCCAGAAGCAGGGGUUUGGACGCGUCGUGAACACCGCGAGCGCGGCAGGACUGUACGGUAAUUUUGGUCAGGCGAACUACAGCGCAGCCAAGAUGGGUCUGGUUGGGUUCACGAAGGCACUUGCGGCGGAGGGUGCACGGUAUGGCAUCAAGGCGGUGGUUGUCGCACCGAUGGCUGCGUCGGCCAUGACAGAGACCAUCAUGCCCCCUGAGAUGCUUGCCAACCUAAAGCCCGAGUUUGUGGCGCCCUUCGUUCUCGCAAUUACCCACCCAGAUGGCGCAGACGCGAAUGGGCGGAUAUUUGAGGUUGGAGCGGGUUAUAUUGCCGAAAUCCGGUGGGAGCGAAGCAAGGGCGCGUUCUUCAAGACUGACAAGACGUUCACUCCCUCAGCAGUUGAAGAGAAAUGGGAACAGAUCACAGACUUCGACUCUGCGGAGCCUGAGCACCCACAAUAUCUUCCUGACUUUGACAUUCAGGCCAAGGUUACGGAGUCGUCCAAGGUCGAUUCAAACGCGCAGGCAGAACCCGAAGUCCGCUUCGACGGCAAGACUGUCAUCAUCACUGGUGCCGCUUCUGCCCUAGGACGUGCUUACGCUCUCCAAUAUGCGCGCCUCGGUGCCAACGUCGUGCUCAAUGACGUGAACGCCAAUAGUACACAAGCCAUCGUAGAGGAUAUCAAGAAAGUUGGUGGGAAGGCCGUAGCGGCUAUUACCUCCGCUGAGGAUGGGGAAGGUAUCGUCAAAACCGCCAUGGAAGCCUUCGGCGGUGUACACGUACUUGUCGCGAAUGUCAACCUCGCUCGGCCCACCAACAUUGAGAGAAUGUCGGAUAAGGACUGGGAUGAGUGCACCAAGGCACUUUGGCCCAUCUUCCUCAAGCAGAAGUAUGGACGCAUCGUAACCAUGGGCUCUCAGUCUGGCCUUUACGGUAUGCCCGGAUUUGCGAACUACUCCGCCGUCAAAGCGGCUGUUCUCGGCUUUACCAAGACCGUGGCCAUCGAGGGGAAGAAGUAUGGGAUCCUUGCCAACGUCGUCAUUCCUUCCGCAGGAGCGCACGCUAGCCUUGGCCGCGGUGCCAAUGUCGAGGCGGCAAAGGAGGAGUAUAUUGCCCCAGUUGUCGCGUUCCUCAGCAGCGACUCCAACCAGGAAUCUACCGGCUCCUUGUUCCAGGUUGCGGGUGGCUGGGUCGCCCAGAUUCGCUGGCAGCGCGCUGGUGGCCAUGGAUUCCCCGUCAACCAUCCCCUCCAGCCCGAGCACAUUGUGGCGAAGUGGAAGUUGAUCACUGACUUCGACGAUGACCGUGCCACGAACCCUGCGAGCACCCAGGAAGCGUUCAUGCAGAUCGCCGAGAACUUCGGCAACGCCGACGACGACAGCAGCGGCUCUGGCUCGGACAGCCCAUACGCGGACCCCGAGGACGCGGAAGUCGUGGCGGAGGCGAAGAAGGAGCCCAUCGACCCGGUGGAGUACAGCUACACCGAGCGUGAUGUGAUCCUCUACAACCUGGGCAUCGGGGCGACGGAAAAAGAGCUCCAGUGGACGUACGAGAACCACGAGGAGUUCGCCGCGCUCCCAACGUUUGGCGUCAUCCCCCAGUUCAACGCGAGUGCGGGCCUCUCCUUCGACUUCUUGCCUAAUUUCAACCCUUGGGGUAACGUCCUGCAGGCGAAGUUGCUCCACGGAGAGCAAUAUCUAGCUAUCAAAGCCCCUAUCCCCACCAGUGGCGACCUCGUCAAUGAGGUUCGGCUAAUGGAGGUGCUCGACAAGGGCAAGGCGGCUGCAGUCACAGCAAUCGUCGAGACCAAGGACAAGCACACCGGUCAGGUUAUAUUUGAGAACCAGUCAACCGUGUUUAUCCGUGGCUCCGGUGGUUUUGGCGGCAAGCGGACGGGGAAGGACCGCGGAGCAGCGACCGCGGAGAACGCGCCCCCCAAGCGGAAGCCUGAUGCCGUCGUGGAGGAGAAGACGUUGCCAACACAGGCCGCGCUGUACCGCUUGAGCGGGGACCUCAACCCCCUUCAUAUACUGCCAGAGUUUGCGGCCGUCGGUGGCUUCGACAAGCCCAUUCUGCAUGGGUUGUGCUCGAUGGGCGUUGCGGGAAAGCAUGUCCUGAAAACUUACGGCACCUUCAAGGACAUCAAAGUUCGGUUUGCGGGCGUCGUCUUCCCAGGCGAGACGCUCCUCACCGAAAUGUGGAAAGAAGGCGACAAGGUCAUAUUUGUCGUCAAGGUUAAGGAACGUCAGGCGACCGUCCUCGCCGCUGCCGCAGCCACACUAGCCGUUUCUGACGUUCCCAGGGCCAAGCUGUAA